UCGUGUCUUUAGUACGAUUUUAUCUCGUUUUGUGUUGAAACAAUAAAAGAAACAACAGAUACAACUACCCACCACUAAACAAGCAAAAAUAUAUUAAUGUCUACUAAUUAAUGUUCAAUUCAAUUUAAAUCAUUACGCGUUAAACGAUUACCAAAUACAAAACAAAAAUAGAAAAGGAUAUGGCAUCCCUCAAUUUAUUCGCAAACAUCGACAAUUUUGACGAUGCUAAUUAUUCAAUUGGUGAAUUCAAUAUCGAUGAUGAUGAUGUCGUCGUCGAGCUACCGGAAGAAAAAGUCAGUCCAAAAGUUGCAGCAAAAUCGAAGAAAGGGAAAGGUAAAGGUAAAGCGAAAUCAAGUAAGGAUAAGGGUUCUGAUUUGUAUACACCAGAUAGCGACGCUCCGGUAGUGGUUCCAGGUAUUGGUCAAAAGACAGCAUUCAAAAAAUUAAGCAAAUUGAAAGAAAGUCUUGCUAACACAACCGUAUCAGAUCCGAUAAAAUUUAGAACGCGAUCCGCUAUGAACGCUGGAAUUCGACAGGCCUUCGAAACACAGCAAGCACGAAAAAGAUUUCGAUUAACAGAAUUGGAUGAGAUCUCUUUCGUCGAUGAAGCACCACUUGUCCAACAGAGCCUCCAAUCAGCUAACACGAAUGACUCGUUUGAUGAAGAUGAGCUAAGCGUUAACGUCAAAAUUAGAUGGGAAGGCACGUCGAAGAUAGAAAAAAUGGAAUUUUCUAUGUACAAGUCCUUCAAAGAAUUGAUAGACCGGCUAAGUAUGAGAGACAAAAUCGAUGCCAAAUCAUUCUUGUUGAUGUUGGGGGACCAAGUCAUUAAACCAGACGAUAGCCCACAUUCAAUUGGUUAUACUUUGGGAAAGUUCAUUUCUGUUAGAGUCGUUGACAAUCCACACUUAUACCUAACGGGGUCCUCAUCACAGACAAAAGCUAACACCAUUGAAGUGAAAAUUCAAUCAUCACAAUGGAAGAAUCCGAUGAUCUGCAAUAUUAAGCCAUCCGAUCAAUUUAAAGUGCUCAUCGGCAUGUGCUCCGAGAAACUAAAAUGCCAUCCGAAUAAGAUACGAUUCAAAUUUGAUGGCGACAUACUGAACACCACUUCUACUCCAAACGAUCAUGAUUUCGAAGGGGGAGAAAUAAUCGAUUUAUUGAUGUCUGAUUGAAUCAGCGUGUGAUGCUAUAUACCGUUUUGAAGUACAAAAUAAUAAUCUAAAUGAAUUCUUGUCAUAUUUUAUUUUAAAU